UUUUAACUGAUAAUUAAAUUUAUCAGGGACAUACCAGUUUUGUAUCUUGCCAUUUUUUUUUCUAUAUAAAUAUAAAAAUAUAUACAGAUAUGAACACUAUUGCUGCUGUUGGUCAAUUCUGCGCAACAUCAAUUAUUCAUUCAAAUAGACUUGCAUGUCGAAAUCUUAUUCUUCAAGCAGCACGUCUAGGUGCCAAAAUGAUUUUUCUUCCUGAAGCAUCAGACUUCAUCUCUUUUACGAAACAAGAAACGCUUCAAUUAACAACAUCUAUUGAGAAAUCCGAAUUUGUUCUUUCUUUAAAAGAAGCCGCUCAACAAGCCAAUAUUUGGGUCUCCGUCGGUGUUCAUGAAUUAGUAUCGUCAACCAACAAUAAGAUUUACAACAGUCAUCUUGUCAUCGACAACCGAGGGGAGCUUAUUACUGUCUACCGAAAAAUUCACCUAUUCAAUGUGGAUAUUGAAAAUGGACCAAGGCUUAUGGAAAGUGAUAGUACAAUGGAGGGUCAGGAGUUGGGUCAUCCUAUAUUAACCCCCAUUGGGAAAUUAGGAUUACAAACUUGUUAUGAUGUACGAUUCCCUGAAGCAUCUAUUGCCUUGAGGAAAAGGGGUGCUGAGAUACUUGCUUUCCCAAGUGCCUUUACAAUUAAAACCGGCAUGGCUCAUUGGGAGACUUUAUUAAGGGCAAGAGCAAUUGAAACUCAAACUUAUGUUAUAGCUGCAGCACAAAUAGGCCAACAUAAUGAGAAAAGAGCAAGCUAUGGUCAUGCUAUGAUUGUAGACCCUUGGGGAAAAGUACUUGCUGAAUGUCCCGAGAAUACUCAACCAUCAAUAGCAAUAGCCAAUAUUGAUUUGGACUAUAUGAAAAAGAUUCGAGCCGAGAUGCCUGUUAUGACUCACCGUCGAACUGAUUUGUAUCCUAGUAUUGAAUAAAAUAAAAUAUUAUAAAAAAACAAAACUUCCCUCUCCCCAAUGAGAGCAACAACAACAACAACAACAACAACAAAAAGAGAGACAUCCUUUAUUAGUGACGUCUCAUAUUAAU